CAGAGUCAGUCUUGAAGACAGAAACUGCAGUGUAUGUAUCUUUUGGCCAUGUUCUUAUUCUUGUAACUUCUAUAGAUUUGUGGAUAUAUCAUGUGCAUGUAUCCUCAUCAUGUCCGUAGGCAUGUUAGAAGAUGGUUCUGUUCCGUUCUUCUGUGCAGGGAUUUAUCCUACAGUUUCACAUGGCAAAGUCCUGUACAACCUGUUGGGUUUUUUGGCAAGGGUAGAGAGAGGACUUGGAUGAGAAGGAGAGACACCCGGAGUUCCCUCUUUAAUUGAGUUGAAACUCAAUUUUCUUCCAUUGUUGUUCUGCUAUUUAUAGCAGAAACAAUACAACAUAAAAUAGUGUCUUUCCCACCUAAUAUUUACCUAAUCCUAGAAGAUCUAUCAAACAUUUAAAGCAAGAUUACAUUCAAAAGAUUUGCUGUCAUUUUAUAGCAACCCAUAUGCAGCACUCUUGUCCAUGUUGCUGAUGUUUGCUAUCAAGUUGCAGCCCUCAUUUGCAUUUCCAUCUCAUCUCAUUUGUAUUUCAUUUGUCAUUUGCAUUUGCUGCCACAGUGUUGCAGCUUUGACACCACAACUCCAACAAACCUCCUCGUAGGAAUGCAAAUGUAAAUUUGUAUCAAAGUUCUUCGAAACAAAACCUGGGCGGUCGAGUUUUGGAGCUUUUAUUUUGCUUGUUUGAUGUAGGAAGCUUGCAUAACGCUUAGUUGAUAGCUCCAGAUAAUGCAUUGUGGGGUUACUUGACAUACAAGGCAGAUGUGUACACUUUUGGAAUUAGCAGGAGAACCAAAUGACAUUGGGGCCUGCGAAAAGUAUGCUUGCCUUUUGGAUUGGGCUUGCCAAUUACUAGAAAAUGGAAACCUAUUGGAGCUGGUGGAUGACAAGCUAGGAACAGAAUUUAACAAGGCAGAAGCAGAACGGAUGAUCAGAGUAGCCCUGUUAUGCACAAAUGCUUUGCCUGCGUUAAGACCAAUAAUGUCUGAAACUGUAGGCAUGGUGGAAUGAACAAGCAACAUCCUGAUCCAGACCUGGAUGCGAGUUGUUACAGUAUGAUCUGAGGUUUAAACUGAUAUGAGACCACCAUUUAUCCAUGUCCAGGAGCCAGAGUAUUGGAGGAAGUUCUGCACUGCAGUGUUCAGCGUCCCAACUCCGAAGGGUCCAGGAAUCACAAUCAGUCUUCCUCUGCCUCUGUUUAACAUCCCAUUGUCAUUAGUGACUUGUAACAAAUUAGGUCAAAUGAGGUCUCUUUUAUCACAUUUAUUUUUUGUUUACCCUUCGCAACAUUUGCAUUAGACUACUAUAUUUUACCACUUGUAUUGAAUUCAUUGAGACGGUAGAAAACAAAGAUUACCAUAGUCA